AAUUUACACUUUAUUUGUGGCAGCAUUUGAGAUAAAAUGAAUCCUGUGUUUGUUGUGUUGUGUGGUGAUCUAAAAAAACAAAAUACACUAUAACGUUUAAAUAAUAUAAUACAAUUAUUUGUGAAUACGUUAUAUCAUCGUUAUUGCGAAAUAUUCCGUAUUGUUUUGUUAUUAAAAAUAGCGAGAAUCAAUCUUAUUAUAGUAAUUUCUACUUCCUGUAUGAAAUGUUGCGUCUAAGAAGGUUUCUAUUAAUUAAAUUCCUAAGCUGAGCUUAGAUAAUACGCAUUAUUCACAAUGGAUUCGAGCCCGGAUUGGUUAUACGAGAUAUUGCAAAAUGUGCAACUUGAACAGUUCUAUCUCCCGAUUAGAGAUCAGCUUCAGAUUACAAGAUUAGCACAUUUUGACUAUGUCCAUACUGAAGACCUUGAGAAAAUUGGUAUCAGUAAACCGGGUAUUCGCAGGCUACAGGACACUGUUAGGAAAAAGAAGCUACAGUUGUGGAACAGAAAGUUCUGGAACAAAUUGUUUGGUUCAUCAAACACUGUUCCACGGGAAAAGGUUGAAAUACCAAGGCCACAAGCUCUGACUGACUCUAGAACCACUAGUAUUAUAUUAGAAAAAGAUGUUGUGUUGCACGAUGAAUUAGGCAAUGGAUCCUUUGGAGUUGUUAAAAGGGGUGAAUGGAAGGUGUCAGAUCAAGUGAUGGUACCAGUAGCUGUCAAGGUUUUGAAAGAUGAUGCAUUUUCACAACCAGGUGUCUAUGAAGACUUCCAGAGAGAGGUUGAGGCCAUGCAUAGCUUGAAACACCCUAACUUAAUCAAGUUACAUGGCGUUGUAUUUUAUCCAUUAAUGAUGGUGUGUGAACUAGCACCUAUGGGAGCAUUAUUGGAUUACAUAAGAGCACAAAAUGGUAAAGUCUCAUUGAAUUAUAUUACCAAGUGGUCAGGACAAGUGGCAGCGGGCAUGGCACAUUUGGAGAAAAACAGAUUUUUGCACAGAGAUUUGGCUUGCAGGAAUAUACUGUUGACCAAUUUGGAGUUGGUAAAAAUCGGUGAUUUUGGGCUCAUGCGUGCACUGCCCGACGCCGAUGACUGCUACGUGAUGAGCGAGCGGCGCAAAGUGCCGUUUCCAUGGUGUGCGCCCGAAUCCCUGAGGUCACGGCAAUUCUCGCACGCCUCCGAUGUGUGGAUGUUCGCUGUAGCACUAUGGGAGAUGUAUUCCUUUGGGGAGGAACCUUGGAUGGGUUUGAACGGCUCAGAGAUCCUCCGGCUAGUUAUGCGUGAAGGACAACGCCUGUCAGCGCCGACCGCGUGCCCACCCGACGUGUAUAUGCUUAUGAUGCAGUGCUGGGAUUUGAAUCCAAAGGAGAGGCCGUCCUUCGCUGGUAUCCAGCGGUUUAUGGAAACCAAUAAGUGUGAUACUGCACAGGCUAAUCUAAGCUAUAGACGUCACGGAGAGAUGACGAUAGAAGCGGGGGACACGAUUGUGUGCAUCGACAAACGGCUUGAACUCCACUGGUGGAAAGGGCAGAACCAAAGGACUCUGGAAGUUGGUCUUUUCCCCAGAACCCUGGUGACAAUGGUGAAGAGCAAGAAAGGUGCAGAAGUGACGAAGAAAUCUCAAGCGGAUUCACCCAUACGAAGAGCCUCAAUUCAACCAACGAAUGGCGUCCAAGAAGACCCAGAAGUGAUCCUGAGGAAGCGUCGAACGAUCGAGUCGACUCAACCGCCGAGCACCCGAGCUGGUAACACUGCCAGCAAGCAUUUCAACUACAACAAGCUCAUAAAUGAUCGAACGCUGAACGUUGGCGACCGAAUGUCCAGAUCUGUUAGGGAUCAUCACUCGAAGAGCUUGAAUCAAGUGAAAGAAGAUUUGCUGAUCGACAUAGACUUACCGCCGUGUACGAUGAAAACAGCGCCGACUACGAAACCAGCCAAUCAGAACAUCUCAAUCCUAGACGAGCCAAUAGACGUGCCUGAAUUAGGAACAGAAUCUCAGUGGGGCCAGCAAAGCAUAGAAAGCUUACCAACAUAUAGUACGGAAAUAAACACUCGAAUAUGCCCGAAUCUCUAUGGUGCCAAAUCUUUGGACGGACUCAACAGGACAAACUCUCUCACAUAUUCGGCUCAAUCUGUCGGAUUUGAUGAGCCACAGCCACCAGUAGUUAAAAAUAAAAAAGCACAACGUCCCGUACCUGAAAACUAUUACUUAGAAUUAGCAAAUGCAUUUGAUGUCGAACAGGCAAGCAACUCGAAUAGCGAUUCACCAGCAGCAACUAAAAUAGAAACUAAUGUAUACAAUAACGCGACCCCUAGUAUUAGUACGAAUUCAGUAAACCAAACGCCAUACGGAACACUCUCGAAUGACACAUACUCAAAUAGUGCUCUCUCGACUAAUCUCAACGAAUCUAGCGUAGUGAAACCCCUAGAACAAAUGUCUCUAGAUGACAGAAUUUCGGAAUCCCUAAAUCUCAGAUCGAAGAAUACGAAUGCUAAUGAUAUAUACGCGAAUAGAACUCACGAUAAUGCACCAUCUAGCUCGAUAUAUAGUAAUACACAAAAUAUGAGCAACGAAAGCGACAUGCCUUUGUACAGUAAUUUUGAUAUCAACCCAAAUCAACAGCAAUUCAUAUUAGAGACAAAGGAUUACUACACAAAGUUCUCGACACCGUCCGGCAGUCAGACGAACUACGAAAAGAACAUAUACGUGCCACAAUACGAGGAAGAGGGUGAGAAGUUGAAGAACUUCAGUGAAUCUCUGGAGAAUUCGAAGAACUACUCGGCUUUUAAGUAUCAGAAUGUCGAUUACCCUUACGGUUAUUCUAGUGACUAUGGGGCGUCGACGUCACGUGCUUUGUAUGAUGAGGUGAACGACACAGCUAGUAAUAUUUACAGUGAGAUCGGUGAUCCGCGAAGUGACAUUAAUUCCAGUGCGAAUUAUUCUAGCACGUGUUUGUAUGACGAAGUGUAUGAACCAGUGCCGAGGCCGCAUAGACCGGCGCCCCCUUGCCCUUAUAAGCCCAAGUAAAUGUAUAAAUAUUGCUUACAUUUGCAUGUUACGUCACGUACCACGAUCCAUGCAACUGAGUCGAAAUAUCGACAAAUCCAAAAUAUUAUCGUGGUAUGUACCGGUUGAACUAU